ACGCCGUCGCCAACUUCCCCUUCCUACAGUUGGUUUCUUUACCAGCAGAUUCAAUUGAACCCGCAAAAGCCGAGGAAAGACAAGUAAGCUCGAGCUCCUGUUUGAAGGCAUUAGCGGCGGAGAACAAUGCCCAAUUGGGAGCUCAAGAAUUGUUGCCAGCAUGACCAGGUCGUGUUUCUGGUCUGCGUGGGAGUCUACACCGUCGUCAUCCUGUUGCUGUGGCGAACGUUCCUGUUGACACCUUUUAAGCUCAUCACGGUGUUUCUCCAUGAAGCAAGUCAUGCAAUUGCUUGUAAACUCACAUGUGGUCAUGUGGUAGGAAUGCAGGUUCAUGCAAAUGAGGGAGGGGUAACACAAACACGUGGUGGCAUAUACGGGAUAAUCUUACCCGCAGGAUAUCUGGGUUCCUCAUUCUGGGGAAUGGCUUUAAUAGUUGCUUCAACAAAUCUUGUCACUGCAAGAAUCGCUGCUGGUUGUUUUGCUCUAGCUCUAUUUGUUGUGCUUUUUGUUGCCAAGAAUUGGACUCUUCGGGGACUUUGUAUCGGAUUUAUCAUUUUUCUGGGUAUAAUUUGGCUUCUGCAAGAAACGACAAAAGUCCAUGGUCUUCGAUAUGUCAUUCUGUUUAUUGGUGUGAUGAACAGCUUGUUUUCUGUUUAUGAUAUUUAUGAUGAUCUGAUAUCUCGAAGAAUCAACUCAAGCGAUGCAGAGAAGUUUGCAGAAGUUUGCCCAUGCCCUUGUAAUGGCGUUGCAUGGGGCUUCAUAUGGGGAAUGAUCUCAUUCAUCUUUCUUUGUGGAUCUGUGUAUCUUGGACUUGUCGUCUUAUCUUAAGCUUUGUCGAGUUGCAUUCGGUUCUUGUUGAUACGGGGGAGAACUGGAAGAUCAAUUCUUUGUGUUUCAUCUGAAACAUGAUUUUAUUUCGUGUGGAGAAUGUAUUCGUCGAUUCUUUGGACCCUUUAUUUCUGGGGUGUAUGUAGUAGAUUCAUCGAACAUCCUAGUGAUGUAUCUUCGACCAUUAAGCUAGGAAAUCGUAGUUGAGGUAUUGGAUUGCAGCAGAUUAUUGCUAAUUAAGCUCUGUGUGAUGGUGAAUAAUCCAUAUCAACUCGUUGCUGCCCUAAGUAGUGGGCUACUUGCUGUC